AUGGCAAUCUGGACAGAUUAUCUUCGUCAUCCCAGAGAAUUUAAGGAGUUUUGUCAGUAUAAAUUAUUUUAUACACCUCUUUAUCAGAGACUUCCUGAUCAAGAAACACAUAAUUGCCGUCAAUGUUAUGAAUUGCUUAUACAAACAAGCCGUAGCUUUGGUCGUGUAAUUCAAGAAUUAAGGCCUGAGUUACGUGAAUCGGUGAUGGUUUUUUAUUUGGUAUUAAGAGGGCUAGAUACUAUUGAAGAUGAUAUGAAUUUUGAUUCAAAGAAGAAAAUUCAGCUAUUGCGCACGUUUUACACACAUAUUGAUGAAAAAGGAUGGAAAUUUUCGGAAUCAUCUUUAAGCGCAAAAGAUGGCAUGCUUUUGAAGUCUUUUGAUAAAGUAAUUGAAGAAUUUCUUGUUCUUAAGAAAGAAUAUCAAGAUAUAAUUCGAUCGAUAACGUACGAAAUGGGGAACGGAAUGGCUGAUUUUAUUAAAAGUGCACAUUUUAAAACUCAAGGGAUUCAAAGUAUUCGGGAUUAUAAUUUGUAUUGUUUUUAUGUAGCAGGGCUUGUAGGUGAAGGGUUAAAUCGACUUUUUUUGGUAAGCAAAGUUGAGCAUGAUUUGGAGGGCCUUACAGAGCUCUCACAUACAAUGGGAUUGUUUCUUCAGAAAACGAAUAUUAUUCGUGAUUACAGAGAAGAUUUGCAUCAUCAACGUGUGUUUUGGCCAAAGGAAAUUUGGUCUAAAUAUGUCGAUAAUUUUAUAGAUUUUUUGGCACCAGAAAAUCAAGAGAAGGGGCUUCAUUGUUUAUCUGAAAUGAUUUUAGAUGCCUUGACACAUGUACCCGAUUGCUUAUACUAUCUAUGUAAUCUUCAUGAUCAAUCCGUCUUCAAUUUCUGCGCAAUCCCUCAAACUAUGGCAAUUGCUACACUUGCACUAGUAUUUCGUAAUCCAAAUGUUUUUCGUAAGAAUCUUAAGAUUCGUAAAGGAGAAGCAUGUUCAUUAAUUAUGCGUACCACAAAUCGAAGAAAUUUAUGUGGAAUUUUUCUUAAAUAUAUACGUAUAAUUCAUCUAAAGAAUACACCAAGCGAUCCUAAUUUUUUUAAAAUAAGUGUCGCUUGUGGCAAAGUUGAGCAAUGGGUUGAAAGCGUUUUCCCCUCAGACAAACCAGGUCUAUCUUUAUGUUCUCAGAAGCCCUUGCAUGAAAGUUCGACUGAGUUUCUAAUAGAUAAGGAAGCUUUUUAUAUUUUUCUUAUUUCUUCCAUAUUUUUAGCCAUAAUUGCAUCAUUAAUGAUUUACCUAGCACAUUUAUUUGGUGCUCGAUGGGAUUUUACUCAAGUUUGCAAAAUUUUUGACUUUUUAAAAAGUAUUUUUUCUGAUACAUUGUCUAUUGUUAAAAGGGAUGAGAUGUGA